AUAACAGAAAUAUGUAAGUCACUUUACAAAUUUAAGCUGUACCUAUAAUUGAUUAAAUUGUGCCUAUUUCCGGUAAUAGAAUUGUUUUCAGUAAAAAAUUAAUCAGCAUCAUGAGAAGUUAUCAGCUGCUGGGGUCCUAAGAUCCUCUCCCACUGGUCAACAUUAUGAUCAUGUCACAGAAAAUAAUAAUAAUAAUAAUAAUGAUGAUGAUGAUGAUGAUGAUGAUGAUAAUAAUAAUAAUAAUAAUAAUAAUAAUAAUAAUAAUAAUAAUGCAUAGGUGGUUUUAUAAAGCACUUUUAACAACUACUAAAAAAUGCUGUUCAAAUAAGGAGACAACCAGACAAAAACAAAAUAUAAAUGAAAUGUUAUAUAUAUAAUUUUUUGCUAACCAUAACAUUUGCAUGCAUAAUGUUAAAUUUAGUUUUAAAUGGUGAUCUACAACUUUUCCUUCUGGUUUUCUGUUUAUUGAUGAAAAAUAAAUACUAAAAUGAGCACAGUGUGACUAUCACAGGCUAAACAACAUGAAAGUGCCUCCUCUGAAAGUGGACUUGUACAUUUUCUUUUGUUUUUAAUACGAUUUAGCUGAAGAGCGUCUAAUUUUGAAUUUCAAAAUGUAAAGCUGAGGCUCGUCUCUGAUUGGAUAAGACGUGAGGGCGGGAGGAGUACGUGCUUCACGUUCACGGUGCGACUGACGUCAAUAACGAGCGAACGAGAUAGACGCGGGCAAAUGAGCUGCGCAAGAGCAAGCAAGCUGGUGUGAGAUAGCACGUCGUUGAGAGGAAGAGCGGAGCUGAAAUCUUGAGACUUUUGUCAUUUUGAAGGUGUGGAGGACAAAUAUACGAUUCAAGUGUGGGGUCUUCAGCUGUACAAAAGGCAAAUUACAAGUUCGCAUGGUAAGCUUCACUUUUAUGUUUCUUUUUAGACCUAACAGUGCUGUGAGCACAUGUUUUAAGCUAGUAACAGGUUAAGCUAGUCACGUUUUUUAACGUCUGUAAGUCAUUGUGUGAAAACUUAGUUCGGCUGAAAAUCACACGCAUGUGCUUGGUGUUCUAAAAAUGAUUACCUGUGUCUUUUGUAAAAAGAAACUUGAGACAUUAAGAGGCUAUGUUCUACAUUGCAGAGUACAUAGGAAUGAGCCUCGUGGUCUUUUCAAGUGUAUUGGCGCCAACUGUAAUCAAACAUUUACCACUUACUCAGCUUUCAGGGGUCAUUUUUAUCGUGUGCACAAUGAACCCACACUGCAUGCUACUUCCAUUGUUGGAGAUUUAAAAUGCGCACUUGCAUUAUGCAACUGUAAUUUCCACACUGUGAAAGAGCUAGUGUCUCACUUAAAUGAUCAUAUUGGAGAGGGUAGACCUGUGUCAUGCCCAGUUCGUGGUUGUAAGCAUAUCUUUACAAAGAAGUCAUCAUUUACUUCUCACAUGUGCAGGAAGCACAAAGCCAGCUCCCCUGAUAGUAUUGAUGACAUGUACAGAGAAACUUGUUCUAGGUCUCAAAGUGUGAUUGCCAAUACAGAUGACCAAACCAUGGCAACAUCAAGUGCAACAAGUGAGAUUCUUGAAAAUAUGAUUACCAGUACAGCUGAUUUAGAAAACACUCACAAAGCCAUGGGAACACCAACUUCAACAAGUGAGAUGUUAGAAAAUGAUAGUGAGUCUUAUCUCCGAAACCUGUGUCUAUUUUACCUUAAACUGCAAGGACAGCUGCUUAUUCCUGCCUCUACCAUACAAACUAUUGUUGAGGAAAUGCUGAAUAUUCACGAAUUAGGUCAAACCUACACAAUAACUAAGCUAAGUUCUUUGUUAAAAAAAGAUAUGAGCCUAUCAGAUGAAAUGAUCAAUCAAAUCUGUGAAUGUGUUAAAGACUCAGAUUUAUUCUCUGCCUUUCACCAGGGACAGUUAAGAACAACAUACAGCAGAAACCAGACCUUUACAAAAAUGUUUAAAUACAUAGAACCACUAAAGGUUCCAUUAGGAAUGGAUGAAAACCUGACACAAAAAUAUGCUUACUAUAUACCAGUAUCAAAAACUCUGGAAAGCUUUUUACAGUCAUGUUUAUGGAGAAAUACACAGUCACAAGAGUUUAGAGAUGCUGAUGCAGACGUUUUUACUGAUUUAUAUGAUGGCAAAACAUUCAAAUGUCACCCGUUUUUUAAUGAAAACCCUGAAAGCCUCAAGUUGAUUUUGUACCAGGACUCAUUUGAAAUUGUGAACCCCCUGGGUUCUGCAAAGAAGAAGCACAAAGUUCUUGCUGUCUAUCUUUCAGUGGCAAAUUUACCCAUACAUAUGCGUUCAAAUACUGAUAAUAUGUUUUUAGUAUUGUUGUGCGUUGAAAAAGACCUUAAACUUUUUGGAAUGGGCAAAGUAUUCUCAGAGUUGCUGGCAGAUCUGAAAUCCUUGGAGACAGAUGGAGUAAGUGUAGAUGGUGAAAAAGUAAAAGGGGGUCUGUACUGCAUUGCAGGGGAUAACUUGGGUUCUCAUUGGAUUGGUGGGUUUACAGAGAACUUCAGCCGCUCUCAAUAUUUUUGCAGGUACUGCGAAAUCACAAGACGGGAGUUUGAGACUGAUCCAAAUGCCUGUGGUCCUCCACGCACCCCAGAGACAUAUGACGCUGCUGUUGCUGAACUUCAGGUUGAAAACAUCCAAGAGGUUCGAGGUAUAAAGUGCAAGUAUGAGUGACUCGGAGCCCACCUUCCUACAUGAUGCCAUUGUGGAAGUCCUACCAGAACUUCCUGCUGUAACAAAGAACAUCCUGGAAGACCAUUUACAGUCCAUUGGGGUUGAGACAUAUGAUGAUCUAUGCUUCAUAGAGGAGGCUGAUUUGAUGACAACAUUGAGACCUGUUCAAGCCAGAAAACUUCUUUCUGCUUGGAAAAGAAAAUACAAGACUCCUGAGAGCAGCUCACCAUCUGUGGAAGCCUCACCUGGCCGAUCUCCGUCAAUACUCUCUGUUUCACCCCGAAGUUCAACAUCCUCAGGCAGCCAGGGAUUUGGCACACAGUGGGAGGACAGUUUUGAAAUUCCAUGGAGUAAAUUUCCAGAGGAAGUAAUGGAUUCUUUGGAAAGGGGAAAAAGGCCAUCCCCAUAACUGAGGAGGCAGAUGAUUCGGAUUGUAGCGACUGAAAUGAUGGGAAAAUGCCCUCAUGCAGGUAAAAAGCAUUCAACCGAGGUUGCUAAAAAAAUGGUGGCAAAAUACCCCAAAUCUUUGCAGGAUGUAAUAGAGGGAGAUAUUGUAGGCAAAGGCUACUACUCCCUUGUCAAACAGUUACAAUACAGAAUUGAAAACGCAAAGCGUACUUCAACACCUAAAAUCAGAAAAAGGAAACAUCAAACUGAGUCAGAUGACACAGACGAGAUCCCAUUAGAAGAAAGAGCAGCAAUGCAGGACACAUAUGGAUGCAUUAAAUGGAAUCCAAAAUUUCUUCCCCGUGGAGAAACUCAACAGAGCCAGCAGCAAAAGUUGGAAAAACUCAAGAUGAUGUUUCUACAAACUAAUGUCAGUCCGGAGGAGAUAAAAUGUCUCAUGAAGUCUACCUUUUACACGCAACGCCAACAUGUCAACCAGGGUAAAAGUAUCCAAUACCUCAGAGAAGAGUGGCCAUUUUGGUUUGAUGAACUUGGCAUGUCAGUGCACUUCAAGGAGCUUACUGGGAAUAAUCUCAAAGAAAUGUUCACACGUAAUUUGGAUUUAAAGGGACAAAGGCUUCUCAACUACAUGACCACUGUUUGUGCCAAGAAGAGUAAGAAGUUUCUUCAGACCUAUGCAAGGCUGCAGAGGAUGCGGGGACAGCAGAGUGGCUGCUCAGAUGAUGUAAAAGAGCUGGUCCUGCUUCUGCUCAGCUACUUUGAUGAGAAGGAGGAGUCCUUGUUCUUCUAUGUAGAUAAUACAAGUCUGCCAGAAGAGGUCCAACUAGAGCAAAUGCCUUUGACACCAACCAUCGUUGUCUGUGGUAAGUCUUUCAUUUCUAAUUAUUUAAAUAAUUUUGUUAAUAGAAUUUGUGGCGUGACUGUACUGCAUGUCAAUUUGUCCACAGGACAGUCCUGCUAUUCCUCAAGAAGUUUCAUGCUGAGUCUGGAUCGGACCCUCGUCAACACGAACAUCUCCUCCUUCAUUUCUGCACUGUGCCUGAUGUUUGGGAGCUACUACUGUUUCAACAUCCAUUACCCUUCUGAGCUGGCUUCAACUCUUGAGUUUCUUCAAAGGUGAGUAAAGCAUGGUUGUCCUAAGUCUGAAUAGGCUGGUGAAGGUCCUGUUAUCUAGUAAUCCAAAAGGGUUCAAAUGAAGGCAACUGGACUUCUUUGGUUUCUUGAAGACGUUUCUCUUCUCAUCCAAGGAGCUUUGUCCAUUCUAUCUGGAAUAUGAGAGAAUCAAGCUUAUAAGCUGUAGCUGUCUGUUGUUAUUUAAGGAGUCGAAACUACUCUGGGUUAGGGAUGCACCAAUCAGGUUUUUUGCUGCCGAUCACCGAUACCGAUAUCAAAGAAUGCUGAUCACCGAUACCGAUCACGUGGAUUGGCCAGAAAUUUUCUACAACAUUAUAAUGAGUGCUACAAACUACAUAAUCUGGGAAUAAAGGAAAUGUAACCUAAUCUAAAAUGGUCUGUAUUAGGGUUGUCACGGUGUGAAAAUUUAACCUCACUGUUAUUGUGACCAAAAUUACCACCGGUUUUCGUAUUAUCGUGGUAUUUUUUUAAACGUGCUACUUUUUCACACAAUUAAAUAAACCCUGUAUGUCAGGAAAUAUUGUCCUCAGUUUGUGCCUAAAUUUUGCCUAAAAUUUAUUAUUUUGUAAUUAUGUUGUUUAUUUGUUUACAUUUUUUCCCUUUAGUCUUUAAAAUACCAAUAUUUGCCCAUAACUUAUUUUUUGUCUGUUUGAUGUCAUCAUUUUAAAAAAAUUAGAUCAGAUUAUACUCACUACUCAAGUAGCCUUGUAAUCAGAUACUUUUUUACCAUUACUUGAGUAAUAAACCCUAUAUCAGGAAAAUAUUGUCCUCGGUUUGUGUCCUUCCAGUGAGCUUUGCAGAUGUGGGAAAAUGUCAUCAGGCAGUAAUCGUUGUUAAAUUCAUAAUUAUUUUCGGAGAGAGACCAACUCUUAUCUGCCCCCUGGGAGCCCCGUAAUGUAUAGAGUCAUUUCAACAUGGCGGUGUCCGCGACACGGUUUAUAUGCAGGUAGCGGCGCUGCGGCUGCUUUAUAUAGCAACUCGUUGCGUUCUCCCUCAACCCAAAUCCUCGGAUCACACAUUUUAGCUAAAACGCUAACGUUAGCUUGCCUUGCGUUGACUGUAGAGUUGUGGGUGAUGGUCACGCAGAUGUGUCAUGAGAUUUGAAGCGUUGCUGCCUUUCACAGACACUUUUUCUGCACGUGCUACAAACAGGAUAGCCGUCUUCUAUAAACUCCCUCGGCAUUCUUCAGAUAUCCAAAAGAUGCCCGUACUUCCGAGUUUGUCUUCUUUGAGGGAUAAUAACUGUCCUGAGCGCUGCCGUCUCCUCCUUUGGCCAUUAUUUCAGCUUUAGCUUCAAGAAAGUUUUGGUUGUAAACAACAAAGUGCGCAUGUGCCACCGGCAACUUCAGCAGAUGAUACGGUGGCUGGUAAGGGUCACCGCGCCUACACUGCAGCCGCGGUAAACCCACCAAGCUAAUAGAGUUUUUAAAAAAACAAGACGGUUAUUAUUAUUGUCAACUCUUUUUUUUUUAACGGGGUUUACUGCUACACUGGUUACCGUGACAACCCUACGGCUGAUCUGUCUGCUUUGAUCUAUUUUGAAAACUCCGAUCAAAACCGAUAGGGGCGCUAUCUGGCCGAUUACGAUCAAAUGCCGAUCCAUUGGUGCAUCCCUACUCUGGGUACCCCACCUAUUUACCCUCUGAUGAGUCACAAUGACUCCCCUCUCAAUAGAGGCUAAUGACUCAUCGGGGUAGGGAGGAGGGGUACCCAGAGUAGUUUCGGCUCGUUAAUAACAGACAGCUACGGCUUAUAAGCUUGACUCAGGGGUGGACAUUAACUUCAAAACUAACCGGCCAGCCGGGCCGGUAACUCUGAAUAUUUACCGGCCCCUGCCAAGAAUCUACCGGCCCCGCUGGCCAGCUGCCAAAACGAGUCAAAAUAACAACUGAACCGUUUUAAAUGUAAUAAACCUUUAUUUUGUACACAUUCACAAACAUAAUAACGUAUUCAAGUUUGAAUUUGUUUGUUCCCUCAACAAAACUCGAUUUUGUCGUCACAUACUUACGGCAUACAACGCAGUACAUCACCAACUCCGCUUUGCUGUACUCGAGCCAUUGGCUGUGUUCGAGAUGAGCCAGUUCUGCGCAGAUUAGACCAGCGGUGAUCGGCGAGCAGUGCAUGCCGGUUAGAUUUGUGUCCGACUUGACGCCAACUUGCUCUGACGUCAUGCAUACGUAGGCAACGAUAACCUCGUGAGAUCAAGGCGGCCGCAGAUUUUGGAGCAAGGUGCUGCAGUUGCUCUCCCUCGGCUGCAAAACCUAGGGGAUGACGGGAAACGCCUGGCUCUCACCUGAUCUAAGAUCUGAUUGUGUCAUAUUUUGAUCCAAACAUCCGGUGGUAGAACAUGAAAUGUUAGUUGGUCACAUGUAUUCUGUAAAUCAUGUUAUGUUGAUGAUGACAACUAUAUAGGCCAUAAAGAGAAAUGUGUUUUGUUUUCUUUUGUCACGUUUCCUGUGAGCACACUGAAGCUACAGCUGCUAACCUUUACUUGUUAUUACAGUCAUGUCUUCAUGUACAAUAUAUGAUAUCCACAAGCACGUGAGGAUGUGGUUCAGCAGCUAAAAGGCACCAGAAUUACAAUUGAAAAUUGAACAAGUGUGAAUGCUAA